AUGGACAAUAGCAAAAGCAUUUCCAAUACAGAUAUGGCCGAUCUGGAUUUUUGGCAAAGCAUUUUGGAGUAUUGCAGCGAUUCACAAUCUACAAUUCCUCCUCUCGAGCCGGAUGUCAGGAAUUCGGAUUUGUUUGAUAUUUCCCCCCUCUCGGGAGACUUUUGCACGCUGGAUAAAGAAUAUGGAGUCGAAUGGGACAUCUCUAAUUGGAGUGUCGAAUUGGAAUCCUCCAUUCCUGCCGUUUCAUUGCCAAUGGAGGUAGCUGAUACCAAUCAAGUUUUUCCUUCAACUAAUUUGGCAGACGUAUCGUUGAGUAAGAAUCCGAUAGAGUCAUCGGCUUCAAUGUGUGCUGUGGAUGAAAGAGACAAGGAAAUUAAAGGACAAAAAAACGACAUUUCUCAUCAAAGAGGUUCAUCUUCGAUGAGUAGAAUAACAGAUAUUACCAUGAAUGAGCUCUCACAUUAUUUUAACAUGCCGAUAGCUCAAGCGGCCAAAGAAUUAAACGUUGGACUCACAGUCCUUAAGAAAAAAUGUAGAGAAUUUGGGAUCCCACGAUGGCCUCACAGAAAGAUGAAAAGCCUGGAAUGUCUUAUAAAUAAUAUUCAGGAACUGGGUCAAAAUAAUGGACGGCUCACAAAUGAUCAGUUGAGAGACACAGUUCAAAUUCUGCAGGAGCAAAAGAGGCUGAUGGAAGAAAUGCCAGGAAUAGAAAUUCCAGAGAGAACGAAACGUCUGCGUCAAGCAUGUUUCAAAGCCAGUUAUAAGAAACGCAGACGGAUGGCAAUUGAGGCGCCAAAGCCUGAUCCGCUAACUCUUUAG